CCGGAUUUUUCAAACAGGUUUUCCGUCAUAUUUUAGGAACCUUCACCUAAUCAUUCUACAAAAUGUACUAUACCAAUUCUGGUUUAGAUUCACAUUUCUAUUAAAUCGUAAAUCUAUAACGAUCUAGCAGUAACUCGUAACUUGUUAUUUGAUAACUACUAUGGCAAUGUUGACGUCAUAUUUCAUGUUAAUACUUUGUGCAAGGAGUGUCGUGUUGUUCAGGACUUCCACUUGUCUUCGGGAUAACGAGGAGUUCUCUCUCUGCGGGUGGAGAUGUCCUGCUACUUGCGUUAACUUGAGGUUCUUGCCUACAGACUUGUGUCCAUCGACAUGGGACUGCCGCGUCGGAUGUCGAUGCGCUGCCGGCUUCGUCAGAGACGAGUACUCCAAGCAGUGCGUCCUUGUGCAGGAUUGUCCUGACAAUCGACAUUGUCCACCGGGCGAGAUUCUGGGCACCAACCUGCAGUGCAUCAGUCGGACCCACGCCCCUGGCAUCAACGAGUCUUAUUGGACAUUCUACGACAACCCGUAGAAAAACGACUAUUCACACGAAUUAGGUUAAAUCAUGGAACAGAAAAAGGUUAAAUAAAUAUUACGUUAAUGAACAUUAGUUUAUAA